CACAGGAACAGACAUUCGGAGACCUGGCCCCACACUCCUCGCUCCAAGGGGUCGGCAGGACCAGCUGAAAGUAGAAACUGCUUCCAGAAAGAAAAGGGGAUGACUCCAGCAGAGUACCCCACUCCUUUGAAGAGCCCAGAGGGAGAUGUCAGCCCAGUCUCUUCCUGCAGCAACACCUCCUACCCAGAAACCCCCUCGGAUCAUCCGCCCCCCCCCCCCCUCUCCCCCCCGGGCCGCCCAGUCCCCAGGACCCCACCACAAUGGCUCUUCUCCACAAGAACCUGCCCUCACCUCCAAUGAUGCACCAACCCCAAUGUGCACCCCCAUCCACUGGGAGCCCCCUGCCUCCUCCCUCAAACCCCCUGCCCUCCUGCCUCCAUCAGCUUCUAAAGCCAGCCUCGACUCCCAAACGUCCCCAGACUCGCCUUCCAGCACCCCCAGUCCCGCGUCCAGGCGCUCCGUCUCCCCAGAACCUGCUCCCCGGUCUCCAGUCCCCCCACCCAAACCCUCCGGGGCACACACUCUGCCCCUGCUCCCCACACCUGGGGUCCCCGCCCAGGGUGGUUCUGCCUCGGCCCCAGGCACUGUGCGGAGACUGGCUGGCAGGUUUGAAUGGGGGACUGAGAGCAGGGUCCAGGCUGCGGAGGCCCUGGAGCCGAGUCCCCAAGGGGCAGCGGAUGUGAACGGGGAGAGAGAGGCUCCACAGGGCAACCUUGCGGGGAGUGGGUCCCAGGAGAACGGCACUCCGGAUGCUGCCCUGGCCUGUCCUCCUUGCUGCCCCUGUGUCUGCCACAUAGGCCGGCCGGGCCUCGAGCUCCGCUGGGUGCCCGUGGGCGGCUAUGAGGAUGGCCCCAGGGUUUUCUGCCGCGCCUCCCCACUGCGGGCCUCCCGCUCCCGCCCCAGCCCUCCAAGCAUCAGUCUCCCCCCGGUGGUCCUUACAUCCUACCGCUCCACAGCCGAGCGCAAACUCCUGCCGCCCCUCAAAGCCCCCAAACCAACUUGGGUCAGGCAGGACACCACCGUCUCCGGGGAGCCCCCCCAGCCAGAUCUCGAUCCCCCCUCCGAAGAUGGAAUCCAAGCAGGGGACAAUCCUGAUGAAGCUCCUCAGAACACUCCUCCGGCAACAAUGGAGGGCAGGGACAAGGAGGGGCUGGAGGAGCUGAAGGAGCAGAACUGGGAGCUGCCCCUGCAGGAUGAGCCCCUGUACCAGAACUAUCGAGCAGCCGUGCUGUCUGAGGAGCUCUGGGGUGUCAGCGAGGAUGGGUGUCCCUCCCCCACGAAUCCCGGCGAAGCUCCCACCUUCGCACGGCCCCCUGGGCCUCGCAACACACUGUGGCAGGAGCUUCCGGCCGUGCGAGCCAGUGGACUCCUGGACACGCUCAGCCCCCAGGAGAGGCGCAUGCAGGAGAGCCUGUUCGAGGUGGUGACAUCCGAGGCCUCCUACCUGCGCUCCCUGCGGCUGCUGACGGACACCUUCGUGCUGAGCCAGGCUCUCCGGGACACGCUGACCCCCCGGGACCACCACACCCUCUUUUCUAAUGUGCAGCGAGUUCAGGGAGUCAGCGAGCGGUUUCUAGGGACGCUCCUGUCCCGCGUGCGCUCUUCCCCCCACAUCAGCGACCUGUGUGACGUGGUGCACGACCACGCCGUGGGGCCCUUCUCGGUGUAUGUGGAUUACGUGCGGAACCAGCAAUACCAGGAGGAGACCUACAGUCGCCUUAUGGACACGAACGUGCGCUUCUCGGCGGAGCUUCGGCGCCUGCAGAGCCUCCCGAAGUGCGAGCGGCUGCCCCUGCCGUCCUUCUUGCUGCUGCCUUUUCAGCGCAUCACCCGGCUCCGCAUGCUGCUGCAGAAUAUCCUGCGCCAGACUGAGGAGGGGUCCAGCCGCCAGGAGAAUGCGCAGAAAGCCCUGGGUGCUGUCAGCAAGAUCAUUGAGCGUUGCAGCGCUGAGGUGGGGCGCAUGAAGCAGACCGAGGAGCUGAUCCGGCUCACCCAGAGGCUGCGCUUUCACAAAGUCAAGGCCCUGCCCCUGGUGUCCUGGUCCAGGCGCCUGGAGUUGCAGGGGGAGCUGACCGAGUUAGGGUGCCGGAGGGGGGGUGUGCUCUUCACCUCACGCCCCCGCUUCACCCCCCUCUGUCUGCUGCUCUUCAGUGACCUGUUGCUCAUCACUCAGCCCAAGAGCGGGCAGCGGCUACAAGUUCUGGACUAUGCCCAUCGCUCCCUGGUCCAGGCCCAACAGGUUCCGGACCCAUCUGGACCCCCCACUUUCCGCCUCUCCCUUCUGAGCAACCACCAGGGCCGCCCCACCCACCGGCUCCUGCAAGCUUCGUCCCUAUCAGACAUGCAGCGCUGGCUGGGAGCCUUCCCGACCCCGGGCCCCCUUCCCUGCUCCCCGGAUACCAUCUAUGAGGACUGUGACUGUUCCCAGGAACUGUGUUCAGAGCCUUCUGCACUGGCCAGGACGGAGGGACGAAGUCUGGAGUCCAGGGCUCCCCGCAAGCACCCACACAAGAGCCCCGAAGGCUGGCUGAAGGGGUUUCCUGGGGCCUUCCCGGCCCAGUUGGUGUGCGAAGUCACAGGGGAACACGAAAGGAGGAGGCACCUUCGCCAGCACCAGAGGCUCCUCGAGGCUGUUGGGCCCUCUUCAGGCUCCCCCAGUGCCCCCCCACCCUAGCGCAGGCUGGGACGUCGGGCAGCUCAGCACGGAGAGGACAAAGCUCAUCCAUCCAUUGGAUUCGCUGUCAGUGGAAACGCUACCUCUACUGGCAACCAAUAGGGACCGAGCUUCAGG